UUCUUCCUGAUCGGCCAUGUUGAAGAGCCUUUAUAAUAUGCUAGUUCCGUGCAAAAUGACUGUUCCCGCCCGGAUUGUAAAACAAAACGUGAUUGGAUGGAGCGACACUGUGCUACGAUUGGUCAGCGAAAUGUGGCCGUUAUCCGAUUGGCUUGAGUCUGUCUUUUUUUGGAUUUGUGUUCGCGUCUUGACGCUAGAAAUAUUUCAAAAUCCUCAAACGCAGAGUUUUAUUUGACAAAAACAUAUUUGUAAACAUUUUUAUAUUUGCAAAUCUGUUUAAUUUUUGUGGAUCUCUCUACAUUUAUUUGGAAAUAAGGAACCAUUCCAACCCCAUAAAAGAGAACAGUAUGUUGGCUCUAUCAAGCCAACAUGAAAAAAGUUACUACAGUAUGUAACCAAGUAGACAGUUAAACCAUGAGUGUUUCACACGUUUAUAUUAGUUCUUGACCCUGUUAAAUCCUUCUAUUGAAUUAACGUAAUAAUUAACUCAAUAAUUUAACCAUUACUUUUUAAGUAAAUUAACCAUUUCCCAUAUGAAGCAUAAUCGCCUGGUAAACUGCAACAAUAGAAACAGUUAACGGUAAACUUCGCGCUGUAAAAGUAACUACGCAGCUGCUUCUUCUACCCAGAAUGCACCAGUAACCGGAAGUUGUGGCCCUGACGCCCAAGUCGAGGCUCCGCCCACUCUAACAGGAGAACAGCACAGGCUGAGCGAGAGAAGAAGGACAACGGGGAAACAGAGCGACUGCGGCUGAGCGAAAUGGCGAGAAGACGACGUUGCGCUGACAGGUCCGAGAUAAAAUGCAACAAAUUUGGCGAAAAAACACGAUGUCUUUCUGUUCAGACGACAAAGCUGGACAUCGCUUUUGGAUCUUGGCAGACACCACUGGUCAAAAGAUGAUGCAAGAAUUCUUAGUUCCAUACUAUAAUUAUGAACCUGUUCCACAUACAUGCAAAGAUGGAGGAAGAAAAUGAAUGGAACAAUCUGGUGUAAGUAUUGCAUCUGUCGGUUUGUGGACGUGGUCAUGAGAGUGCUGGGAAAAGAAUACGGCUUGACCCCCCUACUGGACAAACAAGUGGAGACUACAGCUUUAUCAGGAAGAUGGCGGCUCUGAUUUUUGCUUUUGGAUUACAUUUUUUUUAAAUGUAACUUUGAUUGCAGUUGUAUUCUGCUGGUAAAUGUGUCUAAAUGCCCCACCCAAUGUUUGAUAACGUUUUGUUAAAAUUUUACAAAGUUGUUUUUGUUUCAGCUGCUUGUAUGAUUAUUCUAAAUUGAAUAUACAUUUUUUUACUUAAAUAAAAAUGUAGUUUUUGAACGAUAUUGAUUUUCUCUCAUUUAAUUGGGGAAAUGUAUCUAUAAACUGAGUUAAACCUUCCUCUCUUUUUUAAAGGGCGUUAUUACAUAGUAAGUGCAUACUUACUAUGCACUUUAUUACUUUACAUUUCUGAAGCUUAUACAAGUCAUUUUCACCUGGUUAAUGCUUUAGCACGGCUUCACAGAUUAAAACUUGAAUUGGUUACCUGUACUGGAUACCCACAACCCUGUUACAUAUUUAUAGUUUACAAUCACACUAAACCUUAUUUAAUUUCAUUAAAAAAUUGACUCUCCUGAGCAAGCUAUGUUAAAAAAAAUAAAUGGCUAAUUCUAAUAGAUUUUCAGUCCUUUCUAUUUAUGCUGCUGGAUUUAAACAAUAUUGAAUUGUGGUUGUGCAAAUAUAAAAGAAUUAAUGGUACAAAAGUAUGCUAACAAUGCUCAGGUCUUAAAGCAAACCUUAUGUAAAGCGUGAAGAUGUCCUAAAAUGGUGUCCUCCACAGUCCAAAGCUCUAAAAUGGCUCCCAAUGUCUCAUUUCCUGUCUGAGCAGGAAGUGAUGGUGUCCUGAAAUUUUUAUAUCCCCUGAAAACACAAAGUAGUAGGCUCUAAGAUUACUCACUGUAUACUUAUACAUUCUAUAUCAUUGUUUUGAGUUAGUACACAGAGUUAAAACUGAAUACACUGAAGACAGAUUUAAUAUAAAAUAAAAGGGGUGGGCCUUUUUGUACAUCACCUGAGUCUGGGCUAAAUCGAGAGAACGUCAAUCAAAGGCUAAAGCCUGUGCGAGCUGGGAAGGAGCUUUAGAUGGCGGAUGAGCCUUGGGAAGGGGAACCCGUAGAGCUCGUCGACAGCACUUCUCCCUCAACUUUGAACUUUAGCGCUCGUGUUCGGGCUUAUAUUUUAAAACAUUAGGUUAAUUUGAAUUGUAUCUGAAUGUAGAAAUGUCGUCGCAUUGUUUUUGCGGUUUUAUUUCGUCGAGAAAAUAUGUGCCGCUUUAACGUAGUCGUUGUUUUCUGUGCCUCGCGCUGGCAGCCAUGGCUGUCCUCCAUUUUUAGUGCGCUGCGCGCGGCUCUUUAGAAACUCAGCUCUCCAUUCAAAAGGCCAUUGUUGCUUUUCUUACAUAUAUUUUUCCCCUUAUAAAUAAUAUUUCGAAUUGUAUUGCUAUCCGGAUCUAUCGAGAUCUGGGUAUAUUUUUCUUUUUGUUGUCGGAGUAAUAAGUUCGAUAUUUUUAUUCCGGCUGUGGAUGUUACUGCUCCCUACAUGUAUUUCUCUACCUGUCUAUGGAAUAGGUAUGUGUACGUUGCAGGUUUUUUUUGCGAUCGGUUGUAUUUUGGUUCUUUUAAAGAUGUUUUCAGUCGUCCUUUGUCCUGAUGACGCAGUAAGAAUUUAUGCAUGUGGGAUCUAUUGCAUUAAAAGUCUGAACUCGUUUGUUGCUUGUGACACCGAGCGGGUAUCAUUUAAUUCCCAGUUUUUUUAUUUCUCAUAAUAUUUCCUGUUAUAUUUGUUCUUUUUUUUCGGCAAACGUGUCAAGGCUGUUCAUUUUUCCCUUACGAGGCAACGGGGGACUUUUGCAGUCCUGAAAGCAAAAGCAGGACUGGUCGGACUUGCAUGAUGGUUUCACCCCCUCUCAACUUUUGACAGUUUAAUACAUAGAGUAAAGAUCAUCGUUAACAGUUAAACAAUAUAACCAUGUUGAAGAACAAGGACAAAAAGGAAGGAGACGACGCUUCGACUCAAAGCAAUGCUUCAAGCAACUCUGCAUCAGAGGAGUCGAAUCGUUCAGGCUCGGAGUCGGGCAGCCAGUCUGAGAGUGAGCAGGGCAGUGAACGUGCACACUCCCAGCAUUCCGAGUCCAACAGCACAUCCGAGUCUGAGAGCUGCUCUGAAUCUGGGAGUGAAUCGGCUGGGUCGAAGUCACGCCAGACCAUUGCAGAGAUCAAAGAGAAACGGGUCAAAAAGAGAGACCUGGCUGAUGUGAAAAAGAUGUGGGAGGAACAUCCAGAUGUUUAUGGCGUCAGAAGGUCCAAUCGGAGCAGACAGGAGCCUGCUCGUCUGAAUAUUGGAGCAGAGGGCAGCAGUGAGUCUGAGAGUGAAAGCCACAAAAGAAAAGUAUCACGACAGAAAAAGAAAGAAAAUACCUGGAAAGAUGACUCAAACGACGAAGAUGAUGGUGAGGAAGAAGCCAGCAGUUCAGAGAGUGAGCAGGAAGAAAAAAAAGUUAGAUCCAGACGACUUCCUGCUAGAAGGCCACAGGCCAAGUCAUCCACACCCAAGCAGCAUCAGUCUCAAAAGGGACGGAAACAGAAGAAGCAGGAAACAUCCGACGAGGAUGAAGAUGAUGACGACGAUGAUGAGGAAGAGGAUACUCCAAAGAGACAGACGCGGCGAAGAGCAGCUACUAAAGUUAGUUAUAAGGAGGACCAGCAUGAUUUUGAAACUGACUCUGAUGACCUGAUUGAGAUGGCAGAGGGGACAGAGGAUGUGCAGGAUGAUGACAGUGAGACCAUUGAGAAGGUCAUGGAUACCAGGAUUGGCAAGAAAGGAGCUACUGGAGCUGCCACCACACUCCAUGCUGUAGAGGCCAACGGAGACCCUUGCGCAGAUUUUGAGCCUGAGAAGGAGGAAGGGGAGAAUCAGUUCCUUAUCAAAUGGAAGGGCAGGUCCUACAUCCACAACACAUGGGAAAGUGUGGACUCGCUCACUCAGCAAAAGGCCAAAGGGAUGAAAAAACUGGAAAACUUCAAGAAGAAAAAUGAGGAGCUCAGUGCUUGGUUGAAAAAAGCCUCACCUGAGGAUUUGGAAUAUUACAACUGUCAGCAAGAGUUAACCAUUGAUCUGAACAAGCAGUUUCAGAUAGUGGAGAGAGUCAUUGCAAUGAAAACAGGGAAGUCACAGGUGCCCUCUGAUUUUCCCUCUCAUAAGACCACAUCUAACGAGCCUGAGUACUUGUGUAAGUGGAUGGGUCUGCCCUACGCAGAGUGCACGUGGGAAGAUGGUGCCUUAAUAGGAAAAAAGUUCCAGUCUUGCAUAGAUAGUUUCAACAACAGGAAUGUCUCCAAGACUAUGCCCUCCAAAGACUGUAAGGUGUUAAAACAGAGGCCCAGAUUUGUGGCUCUGAAGAAGCAGCCCUCUUAUAUUGGAGAUGAGAACUUGGAGCUGAGAGACUACCAGUUAGAUGGGCUGAACUGGCUUGCCCACUCUUGGUGCAGGUGUAACAGUGUUAUCUUAGCUGAUGAGAUGGGCCUGGGGAAGACCAUCCAGACCAUUUCAUUCCUUUCCUACCUGUUCCAUCAGCACCAGCUGUAUGGGCCCUUCCUCUUGGUUGUACCCCUCUCCACACUCACUUCCUGGCAGCGCGAGUUCAGUACUUGGGCUCCUGACAUGAACGUUGUGGUCUACCUGGGGGAUGUUUUGAGCAGAAAGACGAUUCGUGAUUAUGAGUGGAUUCACCAGCAGACCAAAAGAAUAAAGUUCAACACACUUUUGACCACAUAUGAAAUUCUACUCAAAGAUAAGGGUGUUUUGGGAAACAUAAACUGGGCAUUUCUCGGGGUGGAUGAGGCUCACCGGCUAAAGAAUGAUGACUCUCUGCUGUAUAAAACACUAAUAGAUUUCAGGUCCAACCACAGGCUACUCAUAACAGGAACACCGCUGCAGAACUCACUCAAAGAGUUGUGGUCCCUCCUGCACUUUCUUAUGCCUGACAAGUUUGAGUUGUGGGAGGAUUUUGAAGAAGAGCAUGGUAAGGGCAGAGACAAUGGCUACCAGAGUCUUCACAAAGUGCUUGAGCCCUUCCUUCUACGUCGUGUAAAAAAGGAUGUGGAGAAAUCGCUGCCUGCCAAGGUGGAGCAGAUCCUCCGAGUGGACAUGUCCGCCCAGCAGAAACAGUUCUACAAAUGGAUUCUCACAAGGAAUUACAAAGCCCUAUCUAAAGGCACCAGAGGCAGUUCCUCAGGCUUCCUCAACAUCGUCAUGGAGCUGAAGAAAUGCUGUAAUCAUGGCUUCCUCAUCAAGCAGCCAGAUGAGGGAGAAACUGAAAAUCCUCAUGAGCACUUGCAGGCACUGGUCCGUGGCAGUGGGAAGCUUGUGCUCUUGGAUAAAUUGCUGACAAGACUGAGGGAACGAGGAAAUCGUGUGCUUAUCUUUUCUCAGAUGGUCCGUAUGCUGGACAUCUUAGCUGAUUAUCUGGCCAUGAAACGCUGUCCUUUCCAGAGAUUGGACGGCUCCAUCAAGGGAGAGCUCCGGAAACAAGCACUUGACCACUUUAAUGCGGAGGGUUCUGAGGAUUUCUGUUUCCUCUUAUCCACUCGUGCUGGAGGUCUGGGCAUUAACUUGGCUUCAGCUGACACUGUGGUCAUCUUCGACUCUGAUUGGAACCCUCAAAAUGACCUGCAGGCCCAGGCCAGAGCCCACAGAAUAGGCCAAAAAAAACAAGUGAAUAUUUAUCGUCUGGUCACAAAAGGCACUGUGGAGGAGGAUAUUAUUGAAAGGGCAAAGAAAAAGAUGGUGCUAGACCAUCUUGUCAUACAGAGAAUGGACACCACUGGAAGAACAAUACUAGACAACAACUCGGGCAAUUCAAAUUCAAAUCCAUUUAACAAGGAGGAACUGGCAGCUAUCUUGAAGUUUGGUGCAGAAGAUCUGUUUAAAGAACCUGAAGGGGAGGAAUCAGAGCCACAGGAAAUGGACAUUGAUGAGAUCUUGAGGCUUGCUGAAACCAGGGAAAGUGAUCAAGGUUCUAGUGCCACAGAUGAGCUCCUGUCUCAAUUUAAGGUGGCUAACUUCACCAUGGAUGAGAGCACACCAGAACUGGAGGAGAAGCGGACCUGGGAUGAGAUCAUUCCAGAAGAUCAGAGGCGGCGGGUGGAGGAGGAGGAGAAACAGAAAGAGAUGGAGGAUAUUUACUUGUUGCCCCGGAGCAGAAGCUCAAAUAAAAGAGCGCAGGCAAAUGACAGUGACAGCGAUGUUGGCUCAAAGCUCAAACUGAAGAGCCACUCGUCAGGUUCAGAGAGUGAGACGGAUGACAGCGAGGACGAUAAGAAGCCCAAGCGGCGAGGCCGGCCACGUGCACGCAAAAACAACGUGGAGGGUUUCACAGAUGCUGAGAUUCGCAGGUUCAUAAAAGCUUAUAAGAAAUUUGGCGCUCCACUUGAAAGGUUGGAGGCCAUUGCACGUGACUCUGAACUGGUGGACAAAUCCAUAGCAGAUCUAAAGAGACUAGGAGAGCUGGUGCACACCACAUGCGUAGCUGCAGUACAGGAGCACGAAGAACAAAUGAAGGAGAACCCCACCGAAGCUAAAGGGCCAGGAAAAAGGCGUGGCAUUAACAUCAAGAUCUCUGGGGUUCAGGUAAAUGCUAAAUCCAUCAUCCAGCACGAGGAAGAGUUUGAGCCUCUGCACAAGGCCGUGCCCUCCAGUCCCAUCGAGAAGAGCAAAUUUCAGCUGAGCUGUCGUGUGAAGAUGCCACACUUUGAUGUAGAUUGGGAUGUGCAGGAUGACGCACAUCUGCUGUUGGGCAUCUACGAGCAUGGAUACGGCAACUGGGACCAGAUCAAGACUGAUCCUGAGCUGAAACUCUUGGACAAGAUUCUUCCAGACAACCCUGAUAAAAAGCCACAGGCAAAGCAGCUGCAAAUGAGAGCUGAUUACUUGUUGAAAAUCCUGAAGAAGGAACAGGAGAGUAAAGACACAUCCAAAGCAGAAGAAGAGUCCCAGGUAAAGAAGAGAAAACCUCGAGUAAAGAAAGACAAGACCCGAAAAGAUGAACUAGCCAGUGAAAUCUCCUCUCCUCAUCUUUCUGAACAUACUUCAGAGGAAGGUGAAGUGAAGGAUGACAGAGCUGAAAAAUCCCCCACAAAGAAGAAACAGAAGAAGGACAACAAAGAGAACAAAGAAAAGCAGGGCACUGCAAAGAAAGACAAGGAGGGGGACAAGGACAAAAAACGGACAAAGCUCAAGAAAGAAAAGACUAAAUCAGGAGGCAAAGGCAAGAAAGCUCAGGGCCCUGUGCACAUUACAGCUGGCAGUGAGCCAGUUCCUAUUGGAGAGGAGGAUGAUGAGCUGGACCAGGAAACAUUCAGUAUUUGUAAAGAGCGUAUGAGGCCCGUGAAGAAGGCUCUUAAACAGCUGGAUAAACCUGAUGAAGGCCUGUCAGUGCAGGAACAGCUGCAGCACACACGUGCCUGCCUGUUGAAGAUUGGAGACCGAAUCACAGAGUGCCUUAAAGCCUACAGCGACCCAGAACAUGUGAAAACCUGGCGCAGAAAUCUCUGGAUUUUUGUGUCCAAAUUCACGGAGUUUGGAGCUAAGAAACUGCACAGGCUAUACAAAAUGGCUCAAAAGAAGCGCUCCCAGGAAGAAGAGAAAGAGCACAAGAAGAAAGAUGAUCCAGCCAAAAAGAAGCCGUUUCGUCCUGAACCUUCUGGAUCAAGUCGGGACUCUACUGGCACACAGCCAUCAUCCAAAUCACACCCACCACAAAAUCACCCAACAGGACCCCCAUCCCACUCACACCACCGUGAGCCCUACAACCAGCACAACAAGAGACACUUCCCUAAUGAUUAUCGGGGAGAUUGGCAAAGGGACCGUAAAUAUAACUACCCAGGAAACAGUAACCAGCCAUGGCAAGGUGACCGCCAUCACCCUUACGACCAGCACAGGUACAAGGAGCAUCACUACAGCAACCGGCGGGCACACACAGACUUGUACCGCAGUAGUGGCUUCCGGAACCCAGGCUCAGCCCGUAAACGGGUGUAUGAUCAGUACAGCAACGAUCGAGACCACCGUGCUCACCGUGACUAUUACGACAGGCAUCCAGACCCAAAGAGGAGACGCUCGGAUGACUACCGCUCUGCAAACUACCACCAGGGUGGAGGUGGAGGAGGCUACGGUCAGGACUUCCGGAGGAUGCCUGAUCAUCGGGGUGUCCCGGGGCCUGAUCAUUACCGGCCGUUUCACCCAGACAAACCCCCUCCUCUGCUGGACCCGCGAUCUCCUCAGGCGCAGAAAUCCCCACUUGAGUCACUCUCACCCCUGGAGAGAACCACUGAACCCAAACCCAGCCCAGAUCUCAACUGGAACAGAAAGACGUGAUUCAGUCCUCAAUACUAGUGGACUAUGUAGGAAGGUACCUUGUUGAGACGGGGCCACCAGUUCUUUCCUACACCUCUGAACUGAUGAUCCAAUAGGUGGAGCUCAAGCAUCCAUGUUCUUGAGCUCUCUGGGUCUUUUGGGGCUAAAAUGAGUUAAAAGAAUGAAGCCCUGUUAGUCCUAUGGACUACUGGAAAAAAAAGAAAAAAAAAGCCUUUGAAGUAUGACCGGAUUUGGAAGCUUGGAAGUGCCUCGCUUGUUUGUAUUUUCUUCAGUCAUUAGUAGAAAAGAGAGUAUUCCCAGUACAAAUGCUACUUUGAUGGGUUUUUUUGUUGCUUUGCUUUGUGCAGAGGUUUAUUCCAGUAAAGUAGGCUUUGUGAAGAAAAGAUAAUCUUCAACCACACCAUUAGAUGUUAAUUAAUCUGAGUUGUUUUCAUCUUGUGUUAUGUAGGAGCACCCCCUGUCCUAUACAUUUUAAUGUUUUCCCUGUUCCCAACACACCAGAUUCAGCUAAUCUGCUAAUUGGCAGCCCUUUCUGUGUUGAAGUAUUUUAGAGGAGGGAAAACACUAAAAUGUACAGGACAGGGAGUUCUUCCAGGACCAGGGCUAGGAACCUAUGAUGUUUUGAAAUAGAGUUAUAUCUUUUUUGCCCCACUAUACCAAUAAGAAAAUGAUGCUCAGAAUGUGUCACCAAGUGGGUAUUUGUACUUUUGUUAUGGGCCUGAAUGACAUAAGAAAAAUGACCCCAUGUCCCCACAGAUGGCUGAUUGUGUAGGUUAAAUUUGCUCUAACCAACCACACAGUGAGAGAAAUCUGCAUCAGUGCAGGCCUUGUUGAUAGAACACUAAAUAAUAACUAAACAUAAAGCUGUAUUUUUUCUUCUGUGGCUAAAGUUUGCUCUUCUUUAUCUGUCACGUAAGUAUGUGUAGCCUAAUCAUAGGUACUGUUGGAUAUUUACAUUGCACUAAAAGUAUCGUACUCUACAAUCUCCAGGUAUAAACAGUACGAAUGUUGACAUGAUGUUAAGUGGAAAUGUCUAUUGGAGCAAAAGCUUGUGAAUGAAGCAGGAAAUUUUGAGCUUUUGAUUGACCAGUUGUAAAGCCAAAAUUAGACUGGCAUGCUGGUAAAUAAGUUUUUUUUUGUUUUUUUUCUUCCCCCGUUCUUUAUGUUUCCCCUCCAUCUGUGCCUUAUUCUUGUGUCUAAUGAAAUGCCGGGGUUUUAGUAAAUUGCAUUAAGGAGAAACAUCGCAUUAUCCCAAAUAGGGCAUAUGGUGCGCUACCUAGGGUGUAGAAGUCAUUUUCAUACUCUCUGUAGUGCAUGUAUCUAGAGAGAAGGGAGGCCUUUGGGAUUUUGGCAGUUUUUAAACAAGAUCUUUCGAUGGAAAAAUGCUGAGUAUUUUUGGUGCCUGUUAUGGACUGUGGAGACUUUAGAGAGAGUGGAAAACACCACUUUCUCACAGAGGAACAGAGGUAUGUGUGUUACAGGGAGUUGGAACUCAUCUCUCUUUCCUCCAAGAAACUCUUUAUUCUUUAAGUACCAAUUAAAGUAAUUUAUAUUUGUGAAAACAGCCACUGUUCACAUGAACUGCACUGUACAUACUGUUUAUACACCUGUAUGUAUUAAACUUUGCUACACCAUGCAGUUACAUGUCACUGCAUUUUAAUGAU